AUGCACGGCUCUAGCUCAACUAAAACACCAAUCAUUAAAAAUGUCCCUAAGCUUUAUUACUUAAAAUUUUUAUUACUUGCAUUAGGAUAUGGAUUUAAUGGAACUACUUUUACAGGAAUCCCAUUCUUAUUUUAUAGAGGAAAAAUGAAUUGUAUAGAUGCGAAUAAUAAUUUAUAUUCAUGCUCGACUGAAUAAGCCUGUGCUAAUCCAUAUGGGUUUGUAGAAUAAACAGAAUACCCUUAAAUUGGAAGUAUUGUUUCUUUGCUUGAUUUAUACUGCGAGCGAAGAGUAUUGGAAGCCUGGAUUCAAACCCUUGGUCAGUUUGGAAAGCUCAUAGCUUAUGUGAUUCUUAUCUUUUUUCCAGUUAAAAAAUAAAUAAAAGAAUAUGUGAUAUUUGGAAGCUUCAUUAUAGUUGGACUAGUACUAAUGUCAUUAGAAUAUCUUUAAGAAAUUGAAAUGUUUUUCAUAGCUUUUUUUACCUGGUAUCUACUCUUUUCUGUCUUUUAUGGAUUAAUCUACACUCACAUUACAGAUGUCUAUCCUUAUAUUAUCUCAGAGAAUGGCUCAGCAUAUAUUAACACUUCUUGGCCUGGAAUUAUGAUAGUCUUUAUCGCAUAUAGUUAUUUCUUCGGUACCUGGGAAAAUAUUCUAAUUUAAUUCACUGGAAUUCCACUUUUUUUAAUUGGAGUUAGCAGCUUUGCUCUUAAAUUUUACAUGGAAAGAAAUAGUGAAUACAUUAAUUUUGCUGAAUAAGUAUAGGAAGAGUAGAAAUAACUCUAGUCAUAGUAAGAAAUUCCUGUAGAGAUAAAUUAAUCCACAAUGGAGAAGCUCAAAGAAAAUUAUUAAGAUGUCAAGAAUAAUAAAUAAUUAAGAGACAACUUGAUGAUAUGGUCGUUAGGUUGGACAUGUAAUGGUUUAUGCUAUUUUGGAUGCUAUUUCUAAUUAAAUACAUUACAAGGUAAUUUGUAUUUAAAUAACCUUAUGUCAACAUUGUUCGAAGUAUUAGCAAGUGUGAUGGCUGUAAUUAUUGUAAUGAGAAUGAAUCUCAAAAAUGUUAUAGUCACUACAUACUUUAUAAUAGGAUUCUCAUUUACAUCUUGUAUAUUUGUUAGUAAUGACUUUAGCUAAAAUCCUUCAUUUUCGUCUCUUAUCAUCAACUUAUCUCCUGUAGUUAUAGCUAAAGUUAGUUAUGAAAUAAUGUGGACUGUUUUAAUUAAAUACUAAAAUACAGUCUUUGCAACAAAAUAUCAUUAAAUUUAAUUUUCUUUCUCUAAUAUGGUAGCUAUGAUUGCCUGUAAUGCUAUACCUUUCUACAAAUAUUUUAUGGAGUAGUUGAAUUUAAGUCCUUUCAUAGGUUACGGUCUAUUUUGUUUAGCUGCUUCUUAUUUCUCUACUUAAUUUAUUGAAAUUUAAAGUGGUAGUUAACAAGAACCUCUUAAAGAACCACUAAAAAAAGAAGAAUUUUAAAACAUUGAAUUAGAUGAAAUAUAUGAAAUGGAUUAAAAGUUAUCUAAAAUUUAGAUAUGA